AUGACAUUGCAAGUACUUAGGGAACAUCAAUCGUAUGCAAAAUUCAGCAAAUAUGAGUUUUGGCUGAGAUCAGUGUCCUUCCUUGGUCAUGUUGUGUCCGACCAGGGUGUAGAGGUUGAUCCAAAAAAUAUUGAGGCAAUAAAGAAUUGUCCAAAACCCCUCACUCCUACACACAACCGGAGUUUCUUGGGUUUGUCUAAUUACUAUCGCAGGUUUGUUGAGGGCUUUUCCUCUAUUGUUUCUCCAUUGACAGCUUUAACAAAGAAGAAGGCAAAGUUUGAGUGCUCUGAAACUUGUGAAAAGAGAUUCCAGGAGCUCAAAGACUGA